AUUGUCUUUUAGCAUUUUUUUUAAUUUUAUUAUUUUAUCCUUUUAUAAAAUAAAAAGAACAAAAAAAGCAUUUCUUUUUGAGUUCCCCAAAAUCGACCAUGGCUAGACUCUUCCUAAUCUGCAACCCAACCUCACUCCCUCUAACUCUCUCUCCUCACACUUCCAACUCUUUUCCUCUCAGACCCAUUUCCACAACAGCUUCAUUCAACUCCUCUCACUUCCCCAAUUUGCCGGCGGCGCUCAGAUUCUCCGGUGACCCAUUGAAAACCAGAGGUAGAGAACUGAGUGUGGUCACUCGUGCAGGUCCCAGCACAGGAAGCUUUGUUCUUGCUUUCUUUUUGCCCUUGUCUCUCAUUCUCAUCACUGUCUUUACUUCAAUCAGAAUCUCUGAUAAACUCGAUAGAGACUUUCUUGAAGAGGUUGCUCUUAAUGAAGCUAUUAGACAGUCAGAGGAGGAUGAAGGUGAAGAAGAUAUUGAACUAUCUUCAAAUAAUAAUGUGACUCCUUCACGUACGCGUAAUCGACCCAUUAGAGAAGUUUAGAUUAUUGUUCUUCAUAAUAUACAUUUUCAUCUUACUUUCUAAUCAAAAUUAUUGUAAAUUUAUCAAGGCUCAUUGAAGUAUUGAACUAUCGAGUUAUAUACCUUUUAUCUUAGUUUUGAGAUUAUAAACCAAAAAAUUUCAAACUAGAAAAA